CAGCUGGUACGUUGCGCACGAGCUCGCACUACAGUUCCGUCUCUAUGCGAGAUUUGUUUUCAAAUGGAGGAGUCUUUGAUAGUCCGAUGGGACCAGGGAUACUCAAAGUGCGGUGACUGCUGCGUUACGCCGGACCGAAGCGACGCCAUGUCACCUGCGAGGGUUCAAUCAAGUUUACAUUGCUAGGGCUCUAAAAGACAAGUGGGGUACCUAAAGCCUUUUUUUUGUGUGUUUUGUCUGCGCAGGUUAGUUCUCCUGCCGGCUUCAUUAGCUUAGCGAGCUAGCAUACGAGCCAACAGCUGUGGGUCCGCUAAUGGGGAUGCGUUGGAAGGUGUCGCGGAGGUGUUCUCGUAGGUUUGUUUGCACCGCUUAGUAACAUGAAUUCCGGCAGCGGGUGUAGUCUGGCACGGCUGGCUUGUCUGGGGUGAAAAGCCCCUGCUCCGACAGCUAUGAGCGGUUUCAACCAGAACCUCCGCAUAAGCUCCUCUUUCGGCGCAGACGGCAACGGUCCAGCGGUCGGCGCCGACGCCAACAAGGACUGGGUCCUGGGCGGCGAUGUGUUCGCCUGCUGCCACGAGAUGAGCCUCGUGGACGACACGAUGCAGGCGGGCAUGUCGUCGGUCCAGCCGGGACUGGACGGACACCUGCCGCUGAUACGCGCCCAGAACCACGGCUCGCAGGACGGCAUAUUCUUCGAGCUGGGCUCCCCGGAGGACUACCUGGAGAGCAGCCCGCUGGAGUACAGGGACAGCGACGGGAACGGCGUCGGCCCGCUGUUCGAGAGGAGGAAGAGGUCUCGGUCCAACAGCUCCAGGCACAGGUUCAACGAGGUGGUCACGGAGCUGGUCCCCGAGGAGGUCCGGUGGUUCUACAAGGAGGACAAGAAGACGUGGAAGCCGUUCGUCGGACACGACUCCCUUAAGAUCGAGCUGAUGUUUCGGAAAUACUGCGAGCUGAACCCCGGCGCGGUACGCUCGCGGGCUGGCGGCGGCGGCGGCGGCGGCGGGGAGGAGGAGGGCGGCGGUAAAUGCGUGGACAGCCCGGGGCAGAACGGCGCCGUGCCCGUGGACGCUGGCACUGGCAGCGUGGACGAAGGCCGCGGCUCUCUGGACACGUCCACCGUGUCGUUUGACGGGAGCGACCCGGACGGCAUUGAGAUCAACGUGGAGGCCGUGUGUGUUCGGGGAGGCCUCUAUGAGGUCGACAUAAAGGAGAGGAAAUGCUACCCCGUCUACUGGAAGCAACAAGACCAUAUUCCUGUGAUGAGAGGCCAGUGGUUUAUUGAUGGUACCUGGCUCCCGCUGGAGGAGGAAGAGAGCGACCUCAUUGAGCAGGAGCACCUGAGCCACUUCCGAGGCCAACAUCUGCAGGACACCUUCGAGACGGAUCUGGUGGUCAAGACCGUCGACAGCAAAGACGGAUGCUUUGCAUUAUCAUCAAAAGACCCAAGGCCAGUUGCACAUUGUGGUCUGCUGCACAAAACACAAGCUAUUCUCUCCCACCUGCCCCCUUUCUAUCUCCCGUUUCUGUUCAAAUGGAGUGGAUAUCAGACGGGUGCUAAAACUGCAGGUCACAAGCGCAAACGCUGCCAAGCCAUCCACCAUUUGAAGCUGAGCCGCACACAUGUGGAUUGGCACAGCGUGGAGGAGGUCUACCUUUACAGCGACGCCACCACGUCAAAAAUUGCUCGCACUGUUACCCAGAAACUGGGCUUCUCUAAAGCCUCAAGCAGCGGCACACGGCUCCAUCGAGGUUAUGUAGAGGAGGCCUCUCCAGAGGACCGCCCCCCUCAGACUACCCAUGUGGUCUUUGUGGUGCACGGGAUUGGCCAGAAGAUGGACCAGGGCCGCAUCAUUAAAAACACUGGAAUGUUGAGGGAAGGUGUGAGGAAGAUGGAGGAAAAGCACUUUUCUGAGCACAACGAUGAACACGUCGAGUUUCUCCCCGUUGAGUGGCGAUCCAAACUAGCACUGGAUGGAGAUACGGUCGACUCAAUCACGCCAGACAAAGUUCGAGGACUGCGGGACCUUCUCAACAGCAGUGCCAUGGACAUCAUGUACUACAACAGUCCUCUAUAUCGCGACGAAAUAACCAAGGGGCUUACAGAAGAGCUGAACAGACUGUAUUCCCUCUUCUGCUCGCGGAACCCUGACUUUGAGGAAAGGGGUGGAAAAGUGUCCAUCGUGUCUCACUCCCUUGGCUGCGUCAUUACCUACGACAUCAUGACAGGGUGGGAUCCCGUACGGUUCUGUCUGCAGGAGCAUUGCGCUGUAGAGGAGGAGCAAGAUUUCCGGUGGAUGUCCUAUGAGGAGAGGAAGCUUUUAGAAGAGCUGAGGCUGACAAAGAAUAGGUUGAGAGAGUUGGAAAAUCAGCUGGUCAAACUGGAGGCCUCUAAUCCUUCAGCCCCCCCAGCUCUUAAAUUCAAGGUAGAAAACUUUUUCUGCAUGGGUUCUCCUCUAGCAGUUUUCUUGGCCCUGCGGGGGAUUCGUCCGGGCACGAGCGGCCACCAGGACCACAUCUUGCCCACCUCCAUCUGCAGCCGGCUCUUCAACGUCUUCCAUCCCACAGACCCUGUGGCUUACAGACUGGAGCCCCUCAUCCUUAAACAUUAUAGCAACGUUGCACCUGUCCAGAUACAUUGGUGUAGCGCCACCAACCCUUCACCCUAUGAUGAGAUCCGGCCCAACUUCAUCAAUCCAGUCAAAGAUCCAGCUUCAGACACAGAGAGCAUUCCCAGCCCGAGUACUUCUCCUGUCCUGGCCCGUAAACACUAUGGCGAGUCCUUCACCAGCCUGGGCAAGGCCAGCAUACUAGGUGCAGCAAGCAUCGGAAAGGGGUUAGGAGGCAUCCUCUUCUCACGGUUUUCCCGCUCAAACAGCCAGCCUUCAGUGUCUUUAGUUGUUGAUGGAGGGACGAACGCUGAGGAAGAGGAGGAGAAGCGCACCGAAAGCCAGUCCUCUUAUGGUCUUUCCACCAUAACUCGACCAACUUCUCCUACCGCAGACGCAUUAUUGGAGCUGGAGAGGCGCAUCGACUUCGAGCUGCGGGAGGGUCUGGUAGAGAGCCGCUAUUGGUCAGCUGUGACCUCACACACUGGCUACUGGUGCUCGCACGAUAUUGCACUCUUCUUGCUGACCUUCAUAUAUAAUAGGUCGACACCCUCUGUGCCAGCAGAAGACACUCCAGAACCAGACUGAGGCAUAUGUUGCAACACACAAACCCCCCCCCACCCCCCUCCAGACCUUUAAAAUACACAAGCAAUCAAUCUAUCCGCUGUUUUCUUUUUUUAUAUCUAUGAUCCAGCUACAUUUGAGAAUCAUUGAUGAGAAAAACCUCAUUCCAAGAUGUAGCCAUUGAUGGACCAGGAGCCCUUAGAAAGGGACCAUCUGUGCCAGUAUGACCGCUCACUAAACAUUUCCAUGGAAGAAGAGGCAAUCAUCCUUAAACACGGAGGUUCCUCCACCAUCAGAAAAGCGCUUUAUAUUCAUCCCAACAUUGAGUCUGUUCAGCUUAUUUAUUUGUUUGUUUAUUGUCUAUCAGCCCAUCCACUCUGCAGACACUCACUCUGGAGCCUUCUGAUGUAUUUUUGGAUUUGUAAAAAAAAAAAUAUGAUUGUUACUGAAAGUUUUUUUUUUUUUUUUUUUCACUAAACAUUUAGUCAAAAUGUGAAAACCCUAUUCCUUACACAGGAACCCAAUGCCUUCUGAAAGCAGCCCAAAAAUGUUACUAAUAUACUAUUUUCACAAAAAAAAAAACACAAGGGCAUAAUCCCUUUAAUAAUAUUGGCAAUAGACGUUUUUUUAUUUGCUUUUAGCUAUUUAUGAUCAGUAAGAUUUGGAAAGGCAUAAACCAAAUACAACCUCAGCUCAUCAUGUUGUAUACGUCGUUGUCAGAUAAAAGUUGGUGAUUUAGUUACAGUAAAAAAGAAAACUUUUAGUUUGGGGGGAAAAUAUCUUUUGACAGUUGCAGCUAAAUAUUUCCCCUUUAAAUUCCACGUGACUUUCAGAUGUGUACCUCUUGUAUCAUAACAGGCAGAUAUUUUCUUACACUUUAUUAAUACAAAUCAUAGUAUGAAACUCUUGAUGGCGUGAUUUUAAUUGAGUUUUAAUGAAAGCAAUCAUUAUUGCGCAACAAAAUCAACGCUUCUUUGUUAGUAUUAAGUUAUGGAGAUGCUUCUGAUUGUCCUCAUCUUUUUGCCUAUAUGUUUUUAUCGAUGUCCAACUGAAAUGAAUGGUUUUAGAUGUAUUUUGUAUUGGAAAUCAGAAAUAUUUUCCUAAUGGUUUUCAGGCGUUUGCAGAUAUAAACCUGGAUCUCAUCACAUGAAAAGUGGGAUUCAAACUUGUGGCCAAAUACCAUUUCUGUGUCCAGUUUGUUAGCUGCUGCGGUAAAGCUACUGCUUAUAGUUCACGAGAAGUGUAAUCAACAAAGUGUGGAAUUUAAAGAAAGAAUAUUCGUUUAGGUGUUUGGAAGACAUUGCACAUAUGUUACUGUUUCUCCACAUUUUCUGUUACCAAAUGUGCUCUUUUUCUCCCUUUGGGCAAAUGUUAUAUUGUUUUUUCUUUAUUCAUUUAAAUAUCCAGCUGCAGUCAGAUAGGCAAAUGAAGUCACGCCUCUUAGAUUUAUUCCAUAAAGAUAGUAAAAAGGAACAGGAGACGUUAAAUAAUUGUAAAUUUUCCAAAACGUUUAUCUGUGGUUUGUGGGUGCAAAAAAAAAAAAAAAAGAAGAAGCAAAAGAGCCUGCAUUCAUUUUGAGUCCCGGUAAUAUUUCUGCUGAACCUAGAAUGCUUUUGCACUUUGCAUGAUCUCAGAUAAAUAGCUAAUGAAUGUUGGAACAAUUUUAAAGAAAUAGUGCCGUGCCAACACACAUCUAAGACCUUUUAAUACUGCAAAAACAACUCAUUUGAAACACUAGCGAUGGACGAAGAAAGAGACUGGUUAAUGCUCGCCGAGUUACAUUAAAAAGUGUCAAGUUUAAUGUAUCCUUUUUUUUAUUGUAUUAUCAAUCAGGUGCAUCUCAAUAAAUUAGAAUAUCAUCGAGAAGAGUUGUUUUAUUUUUCACCUGUAAAAGUGAAACUCAUAACUUGUAGAUUAAUCACGCAGUAAUAUAUUUGAUUUUAGUGCUUCUGGUUUACAGCUAAUGAAAAUCUAAAAUUGAUUAGAAUAUCAAUAUCCCACUAAGCCAUUUGAAGAAAAAAAAACAAACAGGAUUUUUGUUCCAGAAAUGUCAGCCCACUGAAGCCCUAUGAUCGUUCUCUGUACUGUAUAUUGACUCGAUACUCUUUGCAUGAAUUACUGCUUCAAUGCGGUGUGGCAUGGAGGCAGAGGUUUUUGGAAAUAGCCCAAAGAAUAUCUAAUUGGUUUAGGUCAAAAGAGUUUACUGAACAUCCAAUCAGAGUGACGCCACGGUUAUUAAAUCAGGUAUUGGUGCUUUUAGCAGUGUGGGGGGGAAACGGGGACAGGUCAUGUCAGCUGGGGGAAACGUAAAGUGCUUUACAAUGUCCUGGGUGUUGGCUGAGCUGACUUUGGACCUUAUUUUAAAAAAAAAAGAAGAAAAAAAAAAAGAGUUGACCGGCGUCAGAAUAUGACCUAUCACUCACUGUGGAAACUUCACACCGGACUUCAAGCAAGUUGGAUUGUGUGACUCGCCAUACUUUCUCCAGACUUUGGGAUCAUGAAAUGCAAACUUUACUUUCAUCUGAAAAGAGGAUUUUGGACCGCCGAACAACAGUCCAGUCCCGUUUGUUAAUGCUUUUGACCACUGUCUCUGUCUCAGCAGUAGCCUAAUACAAAGAAUGCAGCAGUUACCGGCCGUGCCAUAGACGCCGCCGCGUGUGACGGCCCCUUGAAGCACCGAGUGCUGUUGCGGUCGGCUCAUUGUGAAUCUCCCCCAAACUCUUGAAUGGGCUUUGCUUCAUGAUCCACAAGGGCUGCAAGUGUCCCCGAUGCUUGAGCACCGUUUUCUACCAGUUUUUCCUUCCACUUAACUUUCCAUUGAUUUGCUUCGACACGGAACUAUGUGAUCAGGCAGCUUCUUCAGCAAUAACCUUUUGUGGCUUACCCUCGUCAUGGAGGGUGUCGAUGACUACCACCUGGAAAACCUUCAAGUGAGCAGUCUUGACCUUGAUUGUCUAGGCCAUAAUAUGAUCUUAUUGUUUCUGUAUUAAAAGGCUUUUCUUUCUUUUUCUUCUUUUUCUUUUUUUUUGGAGAGGCUUUUAAUAUAUCAAUGUUCUUAAAAACGGAAUUUUGGGUUUUCAUUAGUUGUAAGCCAUAAUAAUUGAAAUGAACAGAAAACAGAUGUCUGAAAUACAACCACUGUGUUUAACGCGUCUACAUAUGAAUUUCACUUUUUGAAUUGGAUUACCGAACUGGGUUACUUUUUGAUGAUGGUGUAACUUAAGAGAUGGAAGUGUAGUGAUAAAGGAGCGCAUUUUAAUUUGCCAUGUCAACAACGUCUGACUUGCACCACCUUUAUGCUCCACCUCUGAGUAGAAUCAGUUUAUUACAGAUGUAUAAUGACUGUUACAUUUGCUUUAGGCCAAUUUGCUGAAACCAUUCUGCCUUGGAAGAGCUGACAUGACGGAUAAGCAAAGACUGGUCCUGUAACUGGGGCAGAAAAGAGCAGCACUCUGAGAUGGCAAAUUCCUUUGACCAGUUGGAAAUUGUGCAACCAUUAGCUAAGAAUUGCACAGAAACGUCAUAAAAGUUGCCCCCCUUUUUUUGUGUAACAUUGCAGCAUUACAUGCAAGAAGCUAAUAACUGAAAACGCAGUUUUACGCUGGCCUCAUCCUUCAUGCAUCUGUACCGUAAUAUCAACCGAGCAUUGUGGGGGAGAAACUCCACUAGGUGGAGCUGCAACUGUGUGGUUUGACAAUAUUUCAUAAAUAUAUAUGCGCAAGCUGGCACAAUUUACAUUCAGUUCAAGCCCAGAUUUCUUCUCUCCGCUUGCUUUGAAGCUAGUGAGCUGACAGGAAAGCUUUGGAGAGGAUUUAUAAAUAAAUUGUAACUUUUGACUACUCGUCCAGUUAAUGUACAGCUUUUUUUUUUUGACAGAUGACAGUAUAUUUUUCCUAGUAAAGACAUAAGAGGAUGUGUCUGCUGCUAUGUGUUUGUAGAAUUUCCACAUUUGGUUGGAAGGCAGAUUGAAGUCAUCAUUGAUUACGAUCCAUCUUUUGUGGGGGUUUUGAUUCGUUUUGAAAAAUACACUAGCAGCUUAAUACGAAAAAAAAAGUUGCAUAUGGUUUGUAAGAAACUUUUGAAUCGGGAGUAAGUGCUAACUAAGCGUUAUUCCUGAUCUAACUUUAAGCAGAUGUUUGGGGGGGAAAAAAAAGUUUGUCCUUCGAGCUGUGCAACAACCCAUGCCUGUAAGGAAUCUGACUGCCAUCCAAAGCACUGUAUUUAUUUCUUUUUAUUAAAUCGUUUCCUUUUCUCA